AUGAACCCCAAUCAGCCCGAGGCGUCCUCGUCGAAAUCCCACUUCUUCCCCUCGCAACCCUCCCCGACCCCUGCUCGACCCUCCUCCGAACAUGGCGCUCCUACAUAUACCUUCUCUCCACAUGACGCUCAUUCGGACCCACUCUACCCCGUGAACCCCCUCGAGCCUUCCCUACCCAUAACACUCGUACCAAAUCUACGAGAACCGCCUAAUCCCGACCUCAUUCCUCCCGUCCGACCAACGCUCGCCCAAUUUCGCGCUGCCGAAGGCCCAGCAACCCGCUCGACAAAGCUAUCAGCGCUAUGGGAGGCACUCCCGGCGUUACCGGAGCUAGGCGAUGGGCCGACGGAUACGCAGCAAAUGAAGUUGCCGGGGCAGGAUACGAUGACUGCGUUGAGUCCGGAACGGGCGGAACGGCUGCGGAAGCUGUAUGAGGAGGAGCUGGUGCGCCGGUGUAAUGAGAAGCGGCCGGCGGCGAGAUUAUGGGGUGGACCGGACAAUCAGGCGGGAGCAGGGACUGGGCUGGGCAAGGGCAUCCAAUAUGAGGAUUUCAGGCGAUUCCUCUGGGAUCAAGAAUCACAAUUAUGGGAUAUCUUCCAAGACCUCGAUAAGAAUGGGGAUGGCCGGUUGGACGCGACCGAGAUGCGCGCGGCGUUGUCGCGGUCGGGUAUCGACAUCACCCCAGCGACCGUAUCGGAUCUGGUCCGUUUCCUCGCCUCGGGCUCAAAGCUCGGGAAGGCUCCAUCGACAACUGCGGGGUCAGGUGUGGUAGAUGAGAUGUACAUCACGUUUCAGGAGUUUAGGGAUUUCCUCAUUAUGCUGCCGAGGAAAGCGACUCCGCUGGAGAUAUACAAAUUCUAUCAGGUGCGGAAACGCUCUGACGGCCGAGGCGCGGCUCGCGUGGACAAGGAAGGGGAUAUCAGCAUCUCGUUCCCAAAACGACCGGCCUCGCCUCCACCUGUCCCGGCAGAUACGAAGGAAGAUGAGGAGUUUGGGGAUACGGUAGAUACCGAGUCGGCACCAGAGGAGCGGAAUGAAUCGUGGCGCUUCCUCCUGGCCGGUGGUCUCGCUGGAGCAGUAUCGAGAAGUGUCACGGCUCCGUUCGACAGAUUAAAGAUCUACCUCAUCACCACCCAACAUACGCAUAUCGACACCAAAGCUACGUCCUCGUCGGGUCUGUCACAUCCGUUCAAGAGUGGAGGUGGGGCGGUGAGGAAUCUGUGGGCGGCGAUGACGAGGAUAUAUGUCGAUGGUGGAGGUGUGAGGGCGUUCUGGGUAGGGAAUGGGUUGAAUAUCGUCAAGAUCUUGCCGGAAUCAGCAAUAAAAUUCCUCUCAUACGAACAAACCAAGAAAGUCCUCGCACGAUACUGGGACCGCGUCGCCGACCCAUCCGAACUAUCCUCCUCGUCUCGUUUCCUGGCGGGAGGUGUAGGCGGUAUCACCUCUCAAUUUGCAAUCUACGGGCUCGAGACGCUCAAGACGCGGAUACAGAGUGAGACGGGACCGAGUGGGGUGGUCAAGAUUGCGAGGGCGAUGUGGCGGGAGGGGAGAUUACGGACUUUUUAUAGGGGAUUGACUCUCGGCCUGAUAGGCGUCUUCCCAUACUCCGCUAUCGAUAUGGGCACGUACGAAACCCUCAAGCGCGCAUACUGCAAGUCGACAGGCAAGGACGAGCCGGAAGUGUAUGCCACGCUGGGCUUUGGAGCCAUGUCGGGCAGUAUAGGAGCGGCUAGUGUAUAUCCCGUCAAUCUCCUCCGUACUCGACUCCAAGCAUCCGGCUCCUCCGGCCACCCGCAAGCAUACACCGGUUUCCGAGAUGUUCUCACGCAGACGCUAGCAAAGGAAGGAUGGAGGGGCCUGUAUAAGGGGUUAUUGCCAAGUAUUAUGAAGGUGGGGCCGGCGGUGGGGGUCAGCUGGAUCGUUUAUGAGGAUGCGAAGCGGAGGUUGGGGGUGUAA